AUGGCCUCCUCACUCCCAACCAACGUCCACGUUUCUCAACAUCCCUGUCUGCGCGUGAAGCUCUCCCAGCUGCGCUCAAACACUGCGGACUCGAGGCAAACGAGCAGAUUGGUCAAUGAUAUUUCUAUGAUACUUGGAUGCGAGGCCCUACAUGCGAACUUGCGGGUCACGCCGAGCGGUACGGGCCUAACCCCACUUGGAUACGAAUAUCGAGAAGAGAGCAUAGCACCUGAAAAAAUUGCUCUCGUCCCAAUCCUCAGAUCAGGUCUAGGCAUGGUCCAGGCGAUUCAAGAUCUCCUCCCCUCACCCGCCGCCGUACAUCACCUUGGUCUCUUUCGUGAACCCACUACUCUACAGCCCGUUGAGUACUACAAUAACCUUCCAUUUAGCCCCUCCGCUGAUGUCCCCACCACAAACGCAGCCGCAGCUACUCUUGCCAUCAUCCUUGAUCCAAUAAUCGCAACAGGCGGCACUUGUAUCGCUGCAAUCCAAACGUUGAAAGAAUGGGGAGUUAAAAAGGUGUUGGUGAUUAGUGUACUGGCGAGUGAAGAGGGAGCAAGGCGCGCAGUGGAGGAAUGGCCAGAAGGGGUGGUUGUUUGGUUGGGUGGUGUGGACCCGGAAUUGGAUGGCAAGGGUAUGAUCAAGCCUGGUGUGGGUGAUGUUGGAGAUCGUUUGUUUUUAGCACGGGGGAAAUGA